AUGUUUUUUCAUAGGGAGAUGAGGGAUAUAGUGCCUUUAUUAAUAGGCCUUUCGUUUUUAACACUACUUCAUGGGGUUGUUCGAUGGUGAAUAGAUAUAGUAUUUGAAAGAACAUUUAAAGGGCAGUACACGUCUUUUGUAAUCCUUAAUAUUCGGUGAGGUUUUAAGUUAUUUGUACUAUCAGAAGUUUUUUUUUUUUUUUCUUUUUUUUGAGCCUGAUUUUAUGCUGGGAUUGGUGAAAUUAGGGUAAAAUUAAUAGGUAAGUGGCCCCCUGUAGGAGUAAAAGCUAUUUACCCAUGGCGGAUUCCUUUUUUAAAUUUAUUGUUGUUGGUAACUUCUGGGGCUUUUUCUCAAAGUAGAAAGUGAGCGGUAAAGUGUCAUAGAAAAGAGUUAGAUGUUAAGAUAGGUCGUUAUUAUCAAUUAGCUGCUUUAGGGUUGUUAUUAGUUUCUAUUAUUUUGGGGACAUUAUUUUUGUAUGUUCAAAGCCAGGAGUAUUAUUGAUGUUCUUAUAGAAUUUCAGAUGGGGUUUUUGGGUGUAGUUUCUAUAUAUUAACUGGGUUUCAUGGUAUACAUGUAAUGGCUGGUUUAAUUUUUCUAGUGGUUUGUUGGUUUCGUAUCCUGUUAUUUCACUUCAGUUACCGUCAUACUUGUGUUGGCUUGCUUAAUGCUGUAUAUUAUUGGCAUUUUGUAGAUAUUAUUUGAAUUUUUUUAUAUUUUCUUGUAUAUUUAUGGCCUCAUAAGCUACUAACUGGAACUUGGUUAUGGACUUUUUAA